CGGGGCGGCUCCGGGACUGCGGGGCCGGGCGGGGCAGGUGCUGGAAGUCCUCCCAGAUUUGGAAGGUGUCAUCGCCCGCGGGAGCCCUGCGCAGCCCAGGCUUCCUGGAAAGUGGAAGAGGAGGAGCCUCGGGGGUCCCAGGGUCGGGAGUCAGGGCAGUCAGGCGCGGGGAUUGGGGGGCCGGGCAAAUGCCCGGCGCCGCGCAGGUCCCCCUGGCGUCCUUUCCUUCCAAGGAUUUGGCCCUUUUGGGGAACACACUGUGAACGCCAGUUGGAUUGCAGUUCAGGAGCUGGAAAAGCUAGGCCUUGGCGACAGUGUGGACCUGCACGUGUACGAGAUUCCAGUUGAGUACAAAACGGUCCAGAGACUCAUCCCUGCCCUGUGGGAGAAGCACAGUCCACAGCUGGUGGUGCAUGUGGGGGUGUCAGGCAUGGCGACCACAGUCACACUGGAGAAAUGUGGACACAACAAGGGCUACAAGGGGCUGGACAACUGCCGCUUCUGCCCCGGCUCCCAGUGCUGCGUGGAGGAUGGGCCUGAAAGCAUUGACUCCAUCAUCGACAUGGACGCUGUGUGCAAGCGAGUCACCACGUUGGGCCUGGAUGUGUCGGUGACCAUCUCACAGGAUGCUGGCAGAUAUCUCUGCGACUUUACGUACUACACCUCUCUGUACCAGAGUCACGGUCGAUCAGCCUUCGUCCACGUGCCCCCUCUGGGGAAGCCAUACAACGCAGACCAGCUGGGCAGGGCACUGAGAGCCAUCAUUGAGGAGAUGCUGGACCUCCUGGAGCAGUCAGAGGGCAAAAUCAACUAUUGCCACAAACACUGAGGAACGCUCAGGUCUCCUAAGACCUCAUCCUGCUGGGGACCCCACGAGGGGACAUCCACCCUCUGGGGUGUGGCCAGGAAAGGACAAGCUCUUCAACUUGGGGAUCCGAUCUGGAAGAGAGAUUCUGAUCUGCCCAUCUCCUCUUCCUCCUUCUCUACAAAAGCUCCGGUUGAUUUGAGGGAAGUGGCUGAAAAUUUUCUUUGCUCCCGUUUUCCUCCCUGCAUCUGGGGACACAGCUGCCGUGACCAGGGAGGCCAGCCUGAGGGGUCCAGAUGCCCAGGGAGAAUCUUGGUCUGGUGGGUCCAUGAGCUGCGAUACCACAGCUGGAGCCACGUGUUCACCUGCUUUCCUGUCUGUUGGUGAAGGAAUUUCAGAAUUCACUUUAUAUCCAAGACUGGCUUUUACCAAAUUUAAAAGCCUCUCACUGAGUCCUCGACCUUGACCUGUGCUCAACAGCCUGGCCCUUUCUGGGGCUACCCUGGGAUAUGGCAUAUUUUUUUCUUUCUUUCUUCUCUCUCUCUCUCUUUUUUUUUUUUUUUUAAACCAAUAGUGCUAGUUUGUGCACAGAAUAAUUUAUAUUCCCUUUGGUUAAAAUGCAGGCUUUU